UGGAUAUCGCAUACCAAUCUAGAAAAACAUUGUUGACUCUGUUGUAACUAACCAAAAACAGGCUGAAGUUUGCAAUUAAAAUUUUAAAGCAAAAGUUUUCUGAAGUAAUGGAUCUAAACAUUUUACAAAAACAACUUCGAGAUAAUGCAGCCGAUUUAGCGGAAUAUUCCAGAGAUUUAAAGAGUUGGGGCAAUGAAAUGAAACGAAAGGAAAUCUCCCUCACACAUAAACAGGAUCCUAGUAGUGAGAAACAAAGGAAAUCAGUUAUCAAAUCCUUUAACAAAAAUCGAUGCAAAACUGGUGCAACUGAUUAUAACUCAUGGGAAAAAUUUGAUGUUGAGGCUGAAUUAAAUCGUUUAGAUGGUGAUGUAGAAGAUGAAUCUGAAUUGUCCGAUGAAAUUGAUAAUAAGGCGCGAGAUGAAGCACUGGUUCAGAAAGAAAAGGGAAACAAAUUUGUUCAGGACAAAAAGUGGGAUCAAGCAAUUCUGUGUUACACAUCAGCAAUAAAAGCUUUUGCAUAUGAUCCUGUAUUCUAUGCAAAUAGAGCACUGUGCUAUUUGAAAAUAGAGCAAUAUAUUAAAGCUGAAGAUGAUUGCACAUUUUCAUUAAAACUGGAUAAAACAUACGUGAAAGCUUUACAAAGGCGAGCAGCAGCUAGGGAAAAGCUAAAUAAAUUUGGGGAAGCUAAAGUUGAUCUCGAAAAUGUUUUAUUGUUGGAACCCAAAAACAACGAGACAAAACAAGUUCUUGAAAGAAUAAAGAAAAAGUUUGGCAAAUUCGAGGAAACAGUAAGUUCUAAUCAUUCUUCAGAGCAACGUCCAGUUUCAAAGUUCUCAGCGUCUCGUAACAAGAUUCAGCAGAAUUUUAAAUCAGGUUCCUCUAAUCUUGAAAACUCUAACACUCCUGAUGAUAUCACAAAAACAGAGCAAGAACAAUCUAAAAUUGAGAAUAUCUCUAAAUUACAAACAAAAUGUGCCCAUGGAUCAUGGCCCCAUUUCGAUGAUAUAAUAUUGAUUAAUCCUGUUAGUAAACCUCCUCAUUUGAGAUCAACAAAACCUUUAAAGAGAGUACAAAUCGAUGAAAUCAAAGAGUAUGAUAAAAAUGAAAAUCAUGAUGGUCAAAAGAUCGAAAAAAUAAUGCCUACAUUAAUUGAUCAUGAUUCUCCAAUAAAGCAUGAAAUUAUUGAAAAGACUAUGAUAUUUGAUGUUGAAACUAUAAAAGAGAAGAGGUCAAUGUUUAAAAGAAAGAGAGAGCAAGGUACAAGUGAGCAAAAUGUUAAAACUUCUGAAGUAAGGCCUCAAUCCAACCAAGAUUACGUAUCCCUUAAAAGUGAUGACCUAAAAGUCAUUGAACGAAAAGAUUCAGAAAAUUUAAAGGAUAUAAAAAAUACUUGCAAUAUCUCUUUAACAAAUUCGGGAAAAAACCUAGUAGAACACUUAGACAAUCCCAAAAAUUCAGUGCAAUUUUAUAGUGCAUGGAGAAAUUUAAGGAGUCCUUCAGAACAAUAUAUCUUUUUAAAACGGAUAAAACCGACAGAUAUACCAGAUAUUUUUAAAGAAUCGCUGGAUAGUAACGUUUUUAGCAGUAUAUUAAACCUACUAGCCACAGAAUUUUUUAAACAAAAGGAUGAAACUUAUGAAUAUUUAGUUAAUUUCACCAGAGUGAAGAGAUUUUCGGCACUAGUGAUGUUUAUGAAUUCGACUGAUAAAAGAAAUUUGUGGAAACUUAUUAUUGGAAUAAGAGAAACUGAAAAUAAGUCCAAGGUUGAUGUUGAUUAUUUAAUUGAAAGUUACGAAUUAUAAGUUAUACCUUAGCUCUACUAGCUACUAGCUACAUUAAUAUGUAGUAUUGUUAUUGCAAUCAGACAUUGUAGACCUUAAAAUAGAAAUGAAGGUUCUAAUCAACUGGAUUCCACAACUUAUUCAUUCAUUGGUGUCCAUCAAUGGGAUGUCACAGCUGACCUGAACUGUACAUUUUUUUGAAUCUUUGGCGAAUGAUUGUUUAUGACAUACAUAUUUGGAUUCAACAUUGGAAACUUCUUUUUUUUUGCACACUGCUCUGUUUUCCCCUCAAUAGUUCUAAAAGAUUGGCUCCAUUAUCUUCAUUCCAGCAAGUACUUAUUAAUUUGAUUUGUCAACUCUUGUGAAGAGACAACAGCUUUAUAAAUCUAAUUUUAUGAAUGGUCAUCAUUUCAUGGUUGACCUUUACUAUACCUAGUCGAUUAUAGUACAAUUAUUUACUUAAACAACUUUUACUAAAAGGAACAAUUUCUUAUAAAACCUUAAGUACUCAAUCCAGUAUCAAAAACAAAUACAUGUUUGUCAUAUAAGAUAAGAAACAAAUACACACCACAUUCAUCUUUUUUUUUUACGAAAAAUGAAGAGUUUGGGAAAAAUAUUUACAAUAUACCGCCAAGGACACCUCAGGGUGCCUUUCAUUCCAUACCGCAAAAUAUGUUAUCCAGAAGAAAUACUAAAAGGAUGUUGAACUUCCAUUAUCUUUAUUUUUAACUUACACAACGUUUCGGAUAGUUGUAUCACUACCCGUUAUCAAGUGUAACAGUUUACACUUGAUAACGGAACUGUGUAAGUUAAAUAUAAAGACAAUGGAAGUUCGACAUCCUUUUAGUAUUUCUGCUGAAUCAGUGCCUACCACCUGCAAGCAAGUGUACAUAAAACACAGCAAGAAUAAUGGACACCCCUUUGAGCAUUUGUUAAAAUAAUAAUUCUUGCAAGUUCUUACAUGUUAGAGUAUAAACAAUUUCUGAAUUACGUAUGUAACAGUCACUUACCUGUAUUUUUUUAAAAAUAAUUUUGAAAACCGAGGCAAAUGAGGUUUGUACCCUGUUUAAAAUAAAGUGGAUGUGCAAAAAACAGGAUUGAUUCUUUCCUUCCAUAAAAUAAUAGACAUUAUUAAUACAAUACACACCACUGGUAUUUUUGAAAAUACCAAAAACUCGUAUAUUUGAAACAAUAUUUUAAAAAACUGCUCAACCAAAUACAAAUUGCAGGAUUUACGCUAUAUUAUGCUUUUCAUGAUCUCAUAAUGCAAUUUGAAGGUGUAAAAAUUGAUUGUUGAGAUUCGUGGAUUACCGACCAAAAAAUCUUUGAAGAUCUAUUUGAGGUUACAGUUGUUUUUUAAUUAAUUGUUUAAUUUUGUUUGUCCUUAAUAUUUAAGCAUUCAUGUAAAAGUGAUUACCAUUAGCAAACUUUAUUUAAUAAUCUAAAAAUUAUAAUUGCUGCUACAAAAUA